AUGACUUGCCAGUCGCUCGGAAUCUCCUCGUGCACUUUCCUCGAGCCCCCUCCACGCAAAAGGCGCGCCCUGGCCACUGAUGUGCCUGGCCCAGUCAGCCCCGUACAGCAACAAGCUACGGUGUUCCGGGGUCACAGACCGGUCGGGUCGCAAGGGGCCGCAUCUACAUCGCCAUCUCAGUCUGUGCCCAUCGAGGCCGAUGACCAGCCCUUUGACUACCCUCAACAGUCCCUUCUGACCAAGACCUUGGGCCUGGAGAAGGGCAGGUUCUCCGAGCUCAUAGGACCGGGUGGAGAACAUGACUGGCAAUUGCUUCAGAAGUAUCGCGUUGGGGACUCCGAACCCAUAGCUGCGGCUGGCCCUGGUCAGAAUGCCCCCGAAGCCGCUGCGCUCCAUGCUGCAGGCGUCAAGAGGACGAUGCGCAAAGUCAACGAAGGUGUCUUGUUCUCAAUGGCUCCGGAUGCCGCCAUUCCUCAGUACCUGGCCAAGAACCAGUUGCGAGCUGAAGUCGACAUUGACGACAUAGAGAUGCUCGCUCGUCCCCAUGGGCCGGCGCUGAUCAAGCUCUACUUUCGCAUAGUUCACCCAUCAUUCCCAAUCCUGCACAAGGAAGUCUUCAUUGAGAAGUACAACCGCACCUAUCGCGAAAUCAACCCGCAUCUACUCGCCGCUGUCUACGCCCUGGCUGUUCGUUGGUGGUCAUACGACGCCGGCCUCCUGCUUGAAAAGAAGGUCGAUGAGGCCGCUCUGGUCAAGAUCGCUCUUCAAUCGGUGCAAGAUGCAGUGCACCGCCCUCGGCUGAACACCAUCCAGGCUGGGCUGCUGCUCUUGCAACGCCACCGAGACCCCUUUUUCGCCGACAACUCCUGGAUGUGGUCGUUCACGUCGUCUCUGAUCGGCUUGGGUCAACAUCUCGGUCUUCAUCUAGACUGUAGUGACUGGGCCAUACCUGAAUGGGAGAAGGGGCUCCGAAGGAGGCUGGCCUGGGCAUUGUUUACUCAGGAUGCCUUCGCGGCCAUGAUCCUGGGCCGGCCCUGUCUCAUCUCGCCGACGGACUGGGCGGUGGCACCUUUACAGAGUGGCGAUUUCUCGGAAAGCUCCAAGGACGAGGAAGCCAACAGCUACGGUGGUAGCGUAAGCAUCGAAGAUGGAAAGCUGUUGUUCAUCGAAUUGGCCAAACUGAGUGACAUCACCGCACGCGUGUUGCGUGAGUUGUACUCCGUCGACUCCCUGGCCACCGUGACCGAGUGCCAGCAAGUCCUCGCCGUGGCAAAACCCUUGGGAAAUGAAUUGGCCGACUUGCUCCAAAGGUUGCCUGCCAACCUGAAGAUGGACAAUCUGCAGCAAGUCAGGCUCUGCGCGAAUGGUUUCUUUCAUCUUGCGCUUCAAGCCACCGCAGUGGUGCUGCACCGGCGCCUCCUGUGGUCAAUGCACGCGUCCGCGGCUGGAGUUGAUGCCCAGUUCGUUCAUUUCUUCCGCGCCGCCCAAAGACAGCGUGCGAAGAACCUGGUCCAGUUCGUCUCCCGGCUGCGCCCGGAGCAUAUGGAAGCAUUCUGGUUCUUCGCCGCCGGUGGUUGUGGCGUCAUCAUCGGUAGUUUCCUGGGCCUGGUUCGGGUCACGAGCACGACCGUCGACGAGUCGGAGGAACUCAAAGCUCUGAUGGAUGAGUUCGAGUGGCAGCUUCGAAUCAAGGCCAAAAUGGGCGAAUGGGUGUCGUAUACGCUCACACGACUCAGAAUGCUGGGCUGGGAUGACUGGAAGAAUACAGAACCCGACUUUGCUGCCAAUGCAGCGGACAUAGGUGCGCAUUCCAAGGGUCUACCGAAUGUGUUGGAGACGGACCGCGCUGCUCUCUCCUCGCACUCGACCAUCAAUGGACUACAGCACGGGACGCCCGAGUUGUACAAUUCUACCACGUGGCUGACCGAGGAUCUCGAUGGCCUGUCGUCCAACUUCUUAUCGCUCGAGGACGGGUUCGAAUUUCCCUUUUCACUAAUGACUCCGAUGCUCGAGACAUAA